UCAGCCUUUUUUUACGGAAUUUCCAAGGUCAAAGGUAAAAACAAACUUCGUGAACCUACGCAAUUUCAUUGUAACGUUUGGCUGCGUACCCAGUGUCGAAUAUUGAAAAAUAUUGAUUCAUAGUUUGCCGCAACCGUAGUGUACAAGUUCACGAUUGCACUUUACUCUUGCAGAGUUGACCGUCGCUAUAAAACCACAACACUUGAGGCACAGGCAUCAGUUCCGUAAGGAUCAUUAGUAGACCACCACGGCACCUCCUCCACAAAUAUGGCUUUUGUAUUCAAGUUCCUCACGCCGAUAGCGUUUGCAACAGUAGUGCUAUCAGGGAAGGCGCCGCCUGGUGGAUACUCGUAUAGUCGCUUCAGUGGGCCAGUCAGCGGUCAAAUCGUAGAGGUUCAAGUGCCUGCUGCACAAGGUGUACCAGCCCAACAACAUGCCGACUAUGGGUACGAUCACCAAACAGGACAAAUUCACCCAGACACAGCCAAAUACGCCCAUCUGAAGACUGUUGAUUAUGUUGCUAAACCAGACUACCAGUACUCCUAUGGCGUAGAAGACCCUCACACGGGCAAUCUUCAGAACCACAAAGAGCAUCGCGACGGUGACGUCGUUCGAGGAGAAUACUCCUUGGUUGAACCCGAUGGCUCAAUUCGUCUUGUACGGUAUACUGCUGAUCCCAAGAAUGGUUUUCAGGCUACAGUACACAAGAAAGCUGGAGGCCAACAACAACAGCCUGUGCACUAUGGACACCCGAAGCAAGAAGAUGACUCCAGAGAAUACUAGUCUCAAUGUUAUUUAGUUAAGUGUUUUGUAGAUUGUUGAUUAUUUAUUAGUGUUUUGAUAAAUAAAAGAAGGAAUAAAAUCA